AUGACUGUGGACCAACCCCGACGAGUGGGCGACGAAGAAGCCCUGCCAGACACUCAAGGCCGCUUCAAUGCGAUCGAGCCACUGACCCGGCUGCGCGGUGCUUUACCAACUGGUCUCACUCGAUCGCCGAGUCCUGAUACACGUCCUCUUCCAACUACCACUUCCGACCGCCGCCGUGCGUCCAUCAACGCGGCUUCCCUCGAUCGCGAUACGCAUCUCUCCGAGAAGGUCGCAGAACAACAGGAGAGCGGGCAUGGACUGACUGGAACGUCUGCAGAGGGAGAGACCGUCUUGUAUCUAGCGUACGGCUCUAACCUGGCGUCACAGACCUUCCGUGGUAUGCGUGGGAUUAAACCUCUCUCGCAGAUUCCAGUGCUUAUACCAGAGCUUCGCCUGACUUUCGACCUCCCUGGAAUCCCAUACGCCGAACCCUGUUUUGCGGGCACACAAUACCGGGAUCCUGGCUUCGUCCAUGGUGAAGAGACGGAAUCUCAAGAUGAUGACCUUUCUAUAAUCGAUGGAGAUAUCUUGUCAGAGAAGGAACCACUAUUGGUCGAGACGCGAGAGGUGCAAGACUCCGAGGCAGACAGGAACCGGUGGCAUAAACCCCUUGUCGGCGUCGUGUAUGAAGUGACUCUAGCCGACUAUGCGAAGAUCAUCGCUACCGAGGGCGGCGGCCGUGGUUACAGAGAUGUGGUCAUCAAUUGCUACCCCUUUGCAAAUGGCUUCAAACCCACCGACACAGUUCCCGAUCAUCCUGAUACCGCACCAUUCAAGGCCCAUACCCUACUAUCACCUAGUGCAGAUGAUGCUCGGAAGAGGAAGGAAGGUGCCAAGCAUGGUGAUUCCUCUGUCGCAUAUAGUUCCUGUCCCAAAUCUUCAGUAUUUGGUGACAUGGGCCCGCACAUGCGUCCUGAUCCUGAGUACGCCCAGCCUUCGGCCCGCUAUUUGAAUUUGCUUGUGACAGGCGCCGCCGAGCAUGACCUGCCCAUCGCAUAUCAGACCUACCUUUCUCAGAUUCACCCGUACAAGAUUACCACUUUCCGCCAGAAAGUCGGCAAGGUGGCUUUCCUUGUUCUCUGGGGUCCGGUUGUUCUCUCUCUGGUAGCAUUCUCGAGGGUGUUUGCAGGUCCUGAUGGACGAAGCCCGCCUUGGCUGGUGACCUUGUCGAAUGUAAUAUUUGCUGCGAUGUGGAACAGUUAUGAUUACUUCUUCAAGAAGGCGUUUGGAGAUGGUGAGCGGACAUUGGAAGAUACCCCGUCAAUCUAA